AUGGUGAACAUUACAGACAAGAUCAAAGAGAUUGAGGAGGAGAUGCGGAGGACGCAAAAGAACAAGGCAACUGAGUAUCAUCUUGGGCUCUUAAAGGGAAAACUUGCUAGACUACGUGCGCAAUUGCUUGAGCCUACAGCUGGUGCUGGUUCUGGCGGUGGCACGGGUUUUGAUGUAAGCAAGAGUGGUGAUGCCCGAAUAUCUCUUGUCGGGUUCCCAUCCGUAGGCAAAUCAACAUUCCUUUCAAAAAUUACAAAAACAAAGAGCGAAGUUGCUGCAUACUCUUUCACUACUCUUACAGCUAUUCCAGGGGUUCUUGAAUAUGGCGGAGCUGAAAUUCAAGUACUUGAUCUUCCUGGAAUUAUUGAGGGUGCUGCUGAAGGAAAGGGACGAGGAAGACAAGUUAUAUCUGCGGCUAAGACGAGUGACUUGAUCUUAAUGGUGCUUGAUGCUACCAAACGUGCCGAGCAAAGAGCUUUGCUAGAAGCUGAACUGGAAGCUGUUGGUAUUCGACUGAACCGAGAGCCCCCGAAUAUCUAUCUUAAGGCAAAGAAGGCCGGAGGUAUGAAAAUUACGUUUCAGGCCCCUCCAAAAAAUUUAGACGAGAAAAUGCUAUAUAAUAUUCUUCGAGAUUAUAAGAUGCUCAACUGUGAAGUGCUAGUUCGGGAUGAAAAUGCUACGGUUGAUGACUUUAUUGACGUAAUAAUGAAAGACCACCGAAAAUAUAUUAAAUGUCUGUAUGUAUACAACAAAAUCGAUAGUGUUAGUCUAGAUUUCCUAGACAAACUAGCGCGAGAGCCCAAUACAUGCGUGAUGAGUUGCGAACUAGAUUUGGGCGUCAGGGAUGUUGUUGAUAGAUGCUGGGAGGAGCUUCAAUUGAUCCGAGUAUACACAAAGCGAAAGGGAGUCGAACCGGACUUUAGCGAAGCGCUCAUUGUUCGAAAUCAAUCGACCAUUGAAGAUGUCUGCGACCAGAUACAUCGGACCAUCAAAGAGCAGUUCAAAUAUGCACUUGUUUGGGGUCAGAGUGCAAUGCACAUCCCUCAACGAGUUGGAUUGGGCCAUGUCGUGGCCGACGAGGAUGUGGUAUCGAUCGUAACUAAAUAG